ACAAAGCGCGAGCUAUAAAGUCUGUUCCACAGCCCGGGAGUUUCUCUGAAUAUCCGCCUCAGGCAGUUAAGAAUACGAUGUGCUCUGUGGAUAGUGUUGAGUGCAUUAGCAGUCCUCUGGUUGUUUUUGAUAAGAUUUUCUGUAAUGGAGGUGAUAAUUCGGCGUUUCUUGCUGAAGUUCAAAUGGCUGUACAACAAUACUCUUCGAAAGUUAGCCUAAUGUUAAUACGGAUUAAACUUUCCAGGUACCUUUUUUCAGCAACACUUCUCUGGAACUAAUCUCUGAUGGCCAUCUAGUCCGUUUUGUUGGAAUGAUCCAGGAUAUGUUCAACUCAGAACUUUAUAUAGAUUCAUGUCGGUUAUCACCGGAUGAUGCUACUGUCAGGUCCUUUCGAUACCGAGAUCACAGUAAAGUCCAAAUCAGUGAAGACACAAGUCCAAUCGAUGUGAAAUUCUCUGAACGUCAGUCGUUCUACAUAGUCCCAGUACCUGGGGAGUCUCCUUGGGUUAGAAAAAUAAGAGUAGAUGGAAAUGAAUAUAUGCCUUCAUUGAUGCCAUCCGGUCAAAAGCGUCAUUUAUGUGAACCUAUAGAUGCAGUAAAUAAAAAGCCAAGAGGUAUAGCAACAGGAAACUAUCCGAAUCAAGCUAAAUUCCAUAAACACUUCCCGUUAGAAGAAGAAGAGUAUAAUGAUGACAAGAUUGGUGCUUUAUUACGGGUAUACAAUGAAGUUCAAAGUUCACUGAAAAUUAAUGAUAUUGUUGAAGUCUAUGGAAUAUUAGAGUUUGCACGUCUUAGUGAUGUAUUACCAGAGGAUAAUUGUGAGUCAAUGCAGAAAUGUGGUGAACCUUUGUCUCGUAUACACGCUGUUAUAGUGAAUCAAUUAAAACAUAAUAAUCCACUUGUCUAUGAUACAUCAACAAUUGUUACUAUGUGUAGUACUAACAAUUAUGCUGAUAAUAUCCAAUUGGUUCGUACAAAAUUGAUUCAAUUACUUACUAACUUGUUUGAUGGUGAUAAGAUUGUUGCUGAAUAUGUACUAUUACAUCUUGUAUCAACUCGCCUAGAUACGGAUUCACGUUAUCCUAGUUAUUUACCAGCUUUAAAUAUACACUCAUCUAAUUCAAUGGUGACAACAGAAUCAUCAUCAUCACAUGAGAUGAUUAAUUCCUUUGAGACAAGUAGACAGAAACUAUUCAACUUGUAUAAACGGUUGUGUGAAUUUUUACCAAAAGUGAUCACUAAUUUGGCUACUGUAGAAUUGACAGUGAAAUCACUGAAUGAUGGUCCAUGUUUAAUACCAAUUCGUGAUAUGAACAAAGGUCACUUAAAUGCUGGCCGGUUACAACUACCCCGUGGAACAGAAAUACUAGUCAAUGAAACAGCAAUGGAUUCUGGUCAGUUACACACGAAAGGAAUAAUAAAUUUUCAAGCAUUACAAUCUGUAGCAAUUAAUCAAUAUUUAACAUAUGAUUUUCAAUUUUAUACUCAACAAUGGGAUACAGAUGUACGUGUAAUUAUCCUGUCAAUCGUACCAUCAUUAGUUAAAUGUGUCAUGUUGUUACCAUGGGAGCUAAACACCCUUGAAGAUGAUGAUCACAAUAAUAAAUCACAACCCUUGAAUAACAAUACUAGCAAUGCUGAUGAUGAUGUCUCUGAGAGUGAUUGGAAUGAAAUGCGAAAAUUUCUAACAAUAUUAAGCUGUAGUAAUCAACGGUAUUCAAUAGAUUCAGAAAUACAAGAGCGUAUUAAUCAAGAUUUUGUCCAAUGGCGUAAAGAGAAAUCCACAUAUAUUGAAGCUGAUGAAUUCGCUAUCAUGUUGUGUUUACUCAGAUUUCAUUGUUUAACCUGUGGUUAUCAAUCACCAAGUUUACAACACUGGCAACAUAUUGUCCAGUUGGAAAGUGAACGCAGGCGUAGAGUUGCCUUGAGUAAAUGGAAAUCUUCUAGUCAACGCAUGUAAAUGAAAGCCAGAGAAUAUAUAUAUAUGAAGAUGAACAGAUUUGGAUAUAUCCUCUUUUGUAUAUUUGUGUUUGUCUAUGUGCCAAGUAAAAGUAACUAUAAAAUCAAUAAUUAGAG